AUGUCUUUUCUAACUCGCCUAGCCAGUUUACUGGGUCUGUCCUCCCCGGCCCCCGCCGUUGCACCCCCCGGCGCCGCCCUGGCAGCAACCGUCACAGUACCUGCAUCGUUAGGAUUUGUCCCGGUCGCUAUUCACUUUGAUCUCUUCAAUAUCCUCGUGGGCCAUGGUGGACCCGCGACAGCCGACGAGAUAUCGGCUAUCUGCAAUGCACGUAUCCAAGCCCGAGGGGAAAGUGAGCCUGAGCUGAGUACCAGAUUAGCCUCGGACACACUCUACAUCAUGGCUGGGCUCGGCCUCGUCGAACGCGUGGCCGAGGACUGCUUCACAGCAAAUGCCAUCACAAGCCACAUGGUUGCCAUGCCGUCUGCCCAGCAUGGCGCACUGCACUUCACCACGGAAGGUCUAAUGGCCGGCGCAUUCUUGAUGAAAAAGCUCCAGGACACCCGCUUUGCAUACCCCUUUGCUGAGGCAGACGGCCCCUUGCAAUAUGCCUAUCGGCUAAUGGGUCAAUCUGAGUUGGCGAAGCAGCAUACAUACUCGAUUAUGGAGACCCAGGGUCGCAUGGAUAGUUUCAACCAUUUCAUGGUGGGCAAAUUCCUGAAGUUCGGAACUUUCCCCGAGCGCGUCAAGUCGAUGGGCUAUGAUUUAAAUGGCGCGUUGGCGGGUGGCACUGCCACUAACACCAGUACUGGCUCGGCUACUAUGGUCGAUAUCGGCGGCGGUCGUGGCGAACUACUCCUUGAGGUCCAGGCGGCGUACCCGCAUCUCGGGGCCAAGGAUCUAAUUGUGCAGGAGUUCAAUGCCGAAAUUGAUAGCGUGCCUGGUGUGAGGCUUAUGAAGUGGAAUUACAAGGAGGAGGCUGAGCAGCCUAUUCGUGGGGCCUGUGUUUACGCGUUGCAACAUAUCUUGCAUAAUUUGCCUGAUUUGGAUGCUGUGGCGUUGCUACAGAAGAUUUCGCGUGCUAUGGCACCUGGUUCGCGGGUUUUGAUUAUUGAAUAUGCCAAGAAUUUGACUUAUACUUCGCUUCAUGCGAGUAUGAUUGCGUUGUAUGGGGGCCGAGAGAGGAGUUCGGUGGAGUGGAGGCAGAUGGCGGGAUUGUGUGGGCUGGAGGUGACUUUUGAGGUUUAUGUUAAGGCUGGAGAGUCAUUGGUGGAGAUGAGGAGGAUAGUUCAGGGCUGA